UGGCGGAGUACAAUGCGCGGCGCUCCCACAAUGCAGCGCGUACUACAUCCCCCAGAAUGCAGCGCGGUGGGCGGGACGGAAGUGGAGUUCGGAGCGAUACAGGAAGUGAGAGGAGAUCAGGAAGAGCCGGGAGACGGAGGAGGCUGGGUUGCCGGACUUCAUGAAGAAUGCAGACCAUUAAGUGCGUUGUGGUCGGUGACGGAGCGGUCGGGAAGACCUGCCUCCUGAUCAGUUACACCACCAAUGCCUUCCCGGAGGAGUACAUCCCCACCGUCUUCGACAAUUACAGCGCCCAGAUGACGGUGGACGGGCGAACGGUCAGCCUGAACUUAUGGGACACGGCGGGUCAGGAGGAAUACGACCGCCUGCGCACCUUGUCCUACCCUCAGACCAACGUCUUCAUCAUCUGCUUCUCCAUCGGCAGCCCGUCUUCCCACGCCAACGUCCGACACAAGUGGCACCCGGAGGUGUCCCACCACUGCCCCAACGUUCCCGUCUUACUGGUGGGCACCAAGCGCGAUCUCCGGAACGACGCAGAGACUAUAAAGAAGCUGAAAGAGCAGAGCUUGGCCCCCACCACCCCCCAGCAGGGCUCCUCGCUGGCCAAGCAGAUCGGGGCCGUCAAGUACAUGGAGUGCUCCGCCCUUCACCAGGAAGGGGUGAGGGAAGUGUUCGCCGAGGCCGUCCGCGCCGUUCUAAAUCCCGUGACCAAGAAAGCCCCCAAGAAGUGCGUUCUCUUAUAGGGGUCACCGAUUCCUCAAGAAGUUUUUUUUGGGGGGGGCUUUUUUUUUGGGCGACGCCCCCUUUUAUCCUCAGCUUGCACUAUUGGCUCAUGGUUUGGGU